GGGCGUUAUGAGGGUUGCUGACUAAAACUGGUUUGUACUGUAUGUGGGAGAGUGUGUCCGCUCUGUAGCAGUCACGACAAUGUUGUACAGGUUUGCCUAGCACAGUCAGAUAUGGCUGAAGAAAUUGCCGUCAGUUUGCACUUGCCGUCCACUAUGAACGCCAUCUUCCAGAUCCAGGAGUACGCCGAUACCUCUGCUGUUUCUGCCGCCGCCGCUGCCGCUCCUCCGGCCUCUCAGAGCAGCGAUGACUACCUAUUUGUGGAGACCAGACACCCCAACACAGUCCUGCAGGGCCUCAACAGCUUGCGACUCAACAACGCCUUCUGUGAUGUGACUCUCUGCUGUGGAGGCCAGGAGUUCCCCUGUCAUCGCAUUGUGCUGGCUUCUUUUAGCUCCUACUUCCAGGCAAUGUUCUCAGCUGAUCUGAUAGAGUCCAAACAAGAACGUGUUGCCAUCAAUGGUGUUGAACCUCAGAUGAUUGGCAUGCUAGUGAGCUACGCCUACACAUCAGAGGUCUACAUCUCCAAGGCAAACGUUCAGGCGCUGCUGGCAGCAGCCAAUCUGCUGGAUGUGAUGGCUGUUAGAGAGGCUUGUUGUCGCUUCAUGGAGCGUCAGAUGGAUGAGAUGAACUGUGUGGGGAUUCACUGUUUUGCUGAGGCCCACUCUUGCAAGGUUCUGGAGAAACGCAGCAUGGACUACAUCCUGGAGCACUUCAGCAGCGUUUGCCAGCAGGAGGAGUUCCAGUCUCUGUGUGUGGACAAACUGACAGAAAUCAUCACCAGUGACUUUCUCAACGUGCCCAAAGAGGAGAUGGUGUUUGAGGCCGUCAUGUUAUGGUUGAAUAAAUGUCCUUCUCGCAAGCAGAGCUUUGAAAAGGUGCUUGAGCAUAUCCGCCUGCCUCUCAUCAGCCCCUACUACCUCCAUGACCUGAUUGAGUCUUUGGAUGUGGUGAAGGAGAAUCAGGCCUGCCAAAAGCUCAUCUCUGAGGCCAAGGACUAUCUGCUGCUGAAGGACCGUCGAGGAGAGCUCUACUGCCCCAGAGCAAGGCCUCGCAGGUCCACAGGGACAGCUGAAGUGAUAGUGACGGUUGGCGGGGAGGAUGACAAGGUGGUGCUGCGUAGCGUCGAGAGCUUUGACCCUGUGACGAACCAGUGGAAGAAUCUGGCAUAUCUGCCUUUCGCUGUGAGCAAACAUGGGCUGGUGGUCUCAGGCUCGACUCUGUAUUUAGCAGGAGGGGAGUUUCCUGAUGGCUCAGCCAGCAGAGAGAUGUGGCGCUAUGACCCCUGCUUUGACUCCUGGAUGGAGAUGGCUCCCAUGAAUGUAGCUCGCUCUGAGUUGGGUCUGGUGAUGCUGGACGGCUUUGUGUACGCUGUGGGAGGCUGGGAGGGCCGCUCUCGGCUUGACUCAGUGGAGUGUUACAACCCUCACACUAACUCCUGGCAGUUUACAGAGUCUGUAAAGAUGGCCGUCACAAGUCCUGCAGUGGUGGCACUGGAUGGACUGCUCUAUGUUACCGGUGGCGCAGUCCUGGAAGACGGUGAUGGCACAGACCUUGCACAGGUUUACAACCCUAAAACUGCAGUGUGGACAGAGGUUGCCCCCAUGCAGAUCGCUCGCUCUGGUUCAGCUGCUUGUACACUCAAAGGAAAGAUAUACGUUAUAGGCGGAUGGCACGCUUCAACGGAAAACACAGAUAAAGUUGAAUGUUACAAUCCCAAAACUAACCAGUGGACUAUGUGCGCCCCUAUGAAAGAACGACGCUACCGACCAGGUGCUGCUGUCGUAGACGGCAAGAUCUAUGUCUUGGGUGGAGAAGAGGGUUGGGAUAGAUAUCAUGACACUAUUGAAAGGUACUGUGAUGAAACUAACACAUGGGAGAUUGUGGGAGAGAUGCCCACCAGUCGCAGCUGGCUCAGCUGUGUGUCUCUCCAGCUAAGGAAAGACAUCCACGAAAGCAGCUGCCCUGAUACACCAAAUGAGAACUAAAAGACGACAUCAAGGUGGAAGUUUUUCCUGGUUAUUAUUUGCACUCUUUUUGGCGUCAGUCCACUACAAAGCUCAGAGCUGUGGAGAACAGUGAACUGAGAAGCCUGGAAUUGACUCCAAGCCUGUUUGAGCUGUUACUGAUGGCAAAAAAAGUGAUUGGUUUUAGUUGGCCAUGACUUGAGGUGUAAGUCUUGCUCACUUUGGGUUACUAUGUUUUAGCUGGUGGUUGAGAAGCUAAUGUUUAUCUACAUGAUCUCAAAUUACUGUGACUCUCAGUCUAGUCAGCGGCCUGAACUCACGCCAUAUGAUGUGAACAUUUUUAGGGUAUUGUCGUAGGGUACGUCGAAGCACUUCAUUCUGCAGAUGUUCCUGGCCAACAGUGUGUAUUUUUGUAUUAUGUGAUGUAUUUAUUUGGGGUGUGACCAGCUGUCAGAAUUAUCUUUUUCAGCAAACCGUAAACAGUGUUGUCACAAAAGCUCUGUGGGCCAAAGGAUCAUAUUGUGAAUAUUUUCAAAGGUUACCUGUGGGAAAAAAUGUGCACAUGUGAGCAGUCUUUUGUAAUUAAACUUUGUAAGUUCUGAAUGAUUGUCUUUUUCAACCUGUGAUAUGUUGAAUUUAUUUUUGUAUUGUGAUGUGAGUCUUACAUUUUAGUGAAUUUAAAUGCAUUUCACUUGUAAUAAAGAUGUUUAACUAUUUAA